UUAUAGAAGUUAACAUGUCUAUAUCUUCAUCAUGGGUACUAGAUACUGGAUGUGGGUCUCAUAUCUGUACUACCAUGCAGGGACUGAAGCAGAGUAGACGGUUAGCUCGAGGCGAGAUUGAACUCCGAGUCGGCAAUGGUGCACCUGUUACAGCUUUGGCAAUCGGAACUUAUAGUUUAGUCUUACCUAGUGGUCUUAUGUUGGAAUUAAACGAUUGCUUGUACGUUCAUGCGAUUAGCAGAAACAUUAUUUCUGUUUCAUGUCUUGAUAAGAGUGGUUUCAUCAUUUCUAUUCAAGACAAGUCCCUUUCCGUUUACAGAAAGAAUUUUUUCUAUGUUAAUGCCAACAUGACCAAUGGGUUAUAUGUCCUUGACUUGGACAUGCCUGUCUAUAACAUAUCAGCCAAGAGGAACAAACCGAACGGUUUGAACCAAACAUACCUAUGGCAUUGUAGGUUAGGCCAUAUAAACGAAAAACGCAUAUCCAAGCUACAUCGGUCAGGAAUGCUGGAGUCAUUUGAUCUUGAAUCAUAUGACACAUGCGAAUCUUGUUUAUUGGAAUCAUUCUGGGGGUAUGCGCUGAGCACUGCAAUAUAUACUCUUAACCGAGUUCCAACCAAGGCGGUUGAAGGAACACCAUACCAGCUAUGGACGGGUAAAUGCCCGGUUCUGUCACACUUAAAGAUUUGGGGCUGUGAGGCUUAUGUCAAACGUCUUAUGACGAAUGGGAAGCUUGACGCCAAGUCUGAUAAGUGUUUCUUCGUGGGAUACCCCAAGGAAACUCGAUGGUAUUCAUUCUAUCACCCUAUCGAUAAGAAGGUAUUCGUUGAUCGCAAUGGUGUCUUCCUCGAGAAGGAAUUUCUCGCCAACGCAACUAGUGGAAGAAAGAUAGAGCUCGAAGAAAUUCGAGACGACGAAGAAACUACCGCGCCGGUUCUGGAACAUGAGCUAGAGGAACAAACCGUUGUACCUCAAAAUGCUCAAGAUACACAAGAACCCCGUAGGUCUAACCGGCUACGCACACAACCUGAAAG